ACAGGUCACCAAAACUAAUAAUCUAUGAAACAGGACAAUGUGUCACUUUACCAGCUCCAAGAAUUCAUAUCUCAGACCAGUUGGUGAAGCUGCACAGGAUUACAGAAAGACGCUCCAAAAAAGCCUGAAGCCUUUACAGGAGAAACUGAAGGUCUUUGAACGUGUUAAAGGAAACUGUGAUCAAACAGCAGAACACAUUAAAGUCCAGGCCCAACACACAGAGAGGCAGAUUAAGGAGCAGUUUAAGAAGCUUCACCAGUUUCUACAAGAUGAAGAGGAGGCCAGGAUCACUGCUCUGAGGGAGGAAGAGGAGCAGAAGAGUCAGAUGAUGAAGGAGAAGAUUGAGGCUCUGAGCAGAGAGAUAGCAGCUCUUUCAGACACAAUCAGAACCACAGAGGACGAGCUGAGAGCUGAAGACGUCUCAUUCCUACAGAACUACAAGGCAGCAGUGAAAAGAGUCCAGCAGCGCCCCCUGCUGGAUGAUCCAGAGCUGGUCUCAGGAGCUCUGAUAGACGUGGCCAAACACCUGGGCAACCUGACCUUCAACAUCUGGAACAAGAUGAGGGAGAUGGUCUCCUACACUCCUGUGAUUCUGGAUCCAAACACUGGUCUUAGUUCAACAUGCUAUAUAUAUACGUCACAAAGGAUCUGGAGUCUUCUGGAGCUUCCUGAAAACCCUGAGAGGUUUGAUUUGUAUCGUGUUGUCCUGGGCUCUGAGGGUUUUAACUCAGGGACUCACUGCUGGGAUGCUGAGGUUAUGGAUGAACAGUGUUGGGCUCUGGGUGUGGUACAGGAGUCUGUCCAGAGAAAGGAAAUAAUACUGACUGGAUUCUGGAAAAUAUGGCUCCCUAAAUGAACGUAUGAUGACCAUCUUACCAGUGACUCUGUCACAGUGGAACAGCCGACAGUUUCAGCAGGCCCCUGGUCUGGUUUCCAGUCUUUCCUCAAUAUGGUAUAUAUAAUUAUCUUGGGGCGGCACGG